CGUCGUAGAAAACAUGGAUAUGUUCUACGACAACUUCAGACUGUCUACAUCUGAGGUGUUGAAAACAAUAGCUGCCAGAAUGGAGAUUGUUCCAGACUAUACGACUGGAAUGACACGCUUGCUUACCGAGAACGCAGCCUACCUCUAUGAGCGAUUAUUUAUGGAAGUGAAGGUCGCUCAGGAUUUCACGGACAGUGAGCAAGCAACGCCUCUUUACGUUACUCAAGACAGCCUUUUAGCGGAUUUUUCAGCAUUUUUGUUGAUCCGAGAUGCUCCAUUCAAGCCAAACUUUGACUACUGUUUAAUCACUUUUCAUGGAGCUGGAUUGAUAGAGAAGUGGGGAUCGGACGUGAUGGAUGAGAUCCGCAGCGACAGCAGGAAAAAACAGAGAAAAGAAAAGUCUGAUGAAGUCAAGAAGGUUGAAGGAAUAGUCAAGCCUCUCACUAUCGUGCAUAUGCAAGGGCCGCUGUUCCUUUUCCUGAUAUUUAUCAUCGUUUCCUUUGGUGCCUUCCUCACUGAGAUGUCUGUUGGUGUCUGGCAUCAACGAACAAGAAAAGAGUAAUAAUAUCCUUUACCUUUAUCUCGGCUUUCAAACAUUCACCCUCUGAAGGCCACUGACAUUAUAAGAAAAAAAAAAAAAAACAUAGAUUUGUCUGAUCUUUUACGGAUCACUAUUUUCUCCGCAAUAACUAUCUGAUAUGGCACUGCUGAGUCUACCCCAUUCAUCUACCACUCUGAAAACCAAUUACAUAUACUUCCUUUCUCUUUUUUCAAAUCUAAUUUUGUUAAGCUUGAACUCGUUUUUUUGUUUCUCAUAUCACAGUUGCUGACCAUAAGACUUUUAUUAUUGUAUCCCCUUUACUAACUGAAGACUACAUUUAUUUCUCUAUAUCUUAAUUUUACCAGUGGUUUUUCACGCUUUCUAAUCGUUGUGUUCUUAAUGUGGUAGAUGGAUAACCUUUCAGAUUUUAUCAAGGUUAUUACUUUGCUCUAUCUUAUAUAUAUAAACUGAAUUGAACUCGAUUAUCUAUCCGUUCUUGACUUGUAACCGGUACAUCCCCUUGUAUAUAUUGCAACCAUGUGUUAAAUAUAUGUAUAUUUAAAACAAAAAUAGAUAACCACCUUCCUCAUCCUCGCACACUAUUGUUUUCCUUCUUGUUUUCUUUU